AUGACCAACGCUGUAUCGCGUCAGAAGGCCAACAACGCCAAGAACGUCACCGCCGCUGCCCCCGCCAGCGCACAGGUGAAGCCUGCCUGUGCCACAGUAGUAAAGAACGCCCAAAUGACCACAACCGUUGCAACUACGCAGUCGACGACGAAGAACCUCAACGGCAUCAAAGUGAACGUCGUCAAGACCACAGUCGCCAAUGGUUCAAAGCCAUUUACGCUCAAUGAUGUGACGACGUGGAGCGUGCAGCGCGCUCGGGAGAUUCGAAAGACGGACUUCAAGCGGUUCGCCAAGCUCCACAACUACUUCACAGCCAAGGACGAUGCCGUGGCCAGGCCCAUCAACAGCAAGGCGAACGCCAAGCGUGAGGACGUCGACCUUUGGGUGCGCAGCGUCCUGAAUUCGAAGACGCUUGCUUGCAUCCAGGGUACGCAGGAGACUCAGCAGGCGCUGUUAUCACUGAUCACCGUGUCUGCCGCGCUCUCCAAGUACGGCGAACCGGAGUUGGUCCGAAAGAACAGCUUCGGCGAGAUGGACACCGUCAUCGGCGCGCGCUUCGGCACCAAAGGACUCCAAUCCAAGCAGCAAGCCGUAGGUGUCAGCUUUGUGCUGCGAAUAGUGCUGGGCUUGGCACCCGAGAAGCGUGCUGCAUGCCAGAGUCUGCGUGAGAUUCUGGAACUUAUGAGCCACCAGCGCCUAGUGCUGGCACCGACAGCGAAAGGGUUGACGCCGACCUCCAACAAGGUUGCUGAGGAAUGGACGAAGGUGAACCAGUACAAGCUGAAGUACAUGGUGAAGCAAGCGCAGUCGGACAAGUUCCAGGAGGCCAUGCAGCAACUCGGUGGUCAACACCUCUACGACGGUAUUCGUACGCAACUCCAGCAGAUUGGUGGCGCGUGGGAUGCCAGCAAGGACAAACCUGCUCUGCAGGCGAAGAACCUUCGUCCUCGCUCAAACCCCACGGAGAAGGGCAUGAAGCAGCAGAAGGAGACCGAACGACGCAAGGGGCAGCAUGCCAAGAACUCCCGUGUCAACGAACCGAGCCAAUUGGAGAAGAAGUAUCUGCCGCUGGAGGCUGCGAUGUGGACGCAAAUUCCGCCAGUCCCUGUGAGUGUGAAGACCGAUCAGCGCAAGAAUACACCUCCGACUGACAAGGUGCAGGUGAUUCCAGCCAAGAGCGCCACUCCAGUGAAGAGUGCGCCACUCACGGGGGCCUGGGCCGGGCCUCUUCCAGCCUCUGUGGUGUUGAGUCGGCCUAGCGCCAUUGUGAGCAGUGCGCCUACAAUGUCGGCGCGUGGUGGAAAUGGUAGAGGCCAUCGCGCGAUUCUCUCCAGGGCGAUCUAG